AUGGACUGUAAUCGAGGUUCAGUAAAACAUGGACAGAAACAGGGUAUUGGACAAGAUGGAUGCCAAGAUAAAGUACGUGCGUUAUUGAAUGAUAUUGUUGGAAAAUAUUCAGUUCAGCAUCGAGGUCAGAUGAGUGAGACUGAUUUUAUGGCAAUAAAACUUUUCUGUGACAAUUUUGGUGAACAAAAUAUUUUUUUUAAGAAUGGCUUAAUUGAUCCUCAUCCAAUCCUGAGUAUUUUAAUUAUGCCAUCAGCAACUAAAGAAUUGGAAAAAGCUUUUAUGCUCAUUAGAAAUUUACCCUAUAAAAUGCUUGUGUUCGUUGGAAGUGAGGAUCUUCAUAAAAUAUUAGCACUUCGUAAAGAAAAAUUAAAAGAGAUAGCACAAUCCAUAUGGAAUAAGAAACCGAAUGUGAAUUAUGCUCGAAUUAAUUUGGAUGAAUGUAAAGCAAUGUACGAAGAACAUACUGGCCAUGUACCUUCUUCAUGGGAAGCAAAACAAAUUUACAGGGCGUUUUGUCUAGUGAUGCAGAUUGGAUUACUUCUGCCAAAACUACGCGGUGCCAGCGGCGAUGAAGAAGCGCCUUUAUUUGAUGUAUUCAAACAAGUUGAUUCAUCGCCAUUUAACAAACGAAAGUUAGAAUUGUGGCUUGGAGAUAAAGAAAAGGAGAUUUCUCUGAUGACGUCAUAUAUUGAACAUUUGAAAAGUGAUGAAAGUUUAAAUAUUACAGUUCAAUCAUCAUCACUUGAUGAUAUUAUUGGUAAUAUGAAUUACGAUUAUAUAUUGUGUCUUUCAUUUCGUUUUAAUGAUGAAAAGGAACCACAACUUAUUGAUAUGUAUAACUAUCGUCAUCAUAAAGAAAACUUUAAACCACACGUAGAUUCACAAAGACCUACCAAAUGGUUUAAAGAUCGCCAUAUUACCGUACUCCGCAAAAGCAGCGAGCCCCCUGUAACUCAAGAACCAUGA